AAUCCACCCCACUCCCUCUCUUCUCUCCCCUUUAUUCCCAAACGAAAAUGCCUGUGCAGAUAACAAAUUGUCUGUCCAUUUUUUUCAUUUGUUUGUCAUCCCUUAUCUCUCUCAAUUCCAACGAGCGGCAGGAAGCGAGUAAGACGUAUGGCGGUGGCGGCGACGACGAACUUGGCCUGGGCUGGAAUCAAGGGAGGAUAUAUUCGGGCCGAGUCCCGGGGACACGCCAUCUGCGGUGGAAGCUUUCUCCCUGCCCUUUCUAUGCGCAGGAACAACAUUUUAGGGGUGCAUUUGGACCAUAGCCAAAUAGAAGAAACACAUGAAGAAUUAUAACUCAGACAUAAAGAGAGAAAUUGCUAUGGUUCUGCCAAUGGUGUAUUAAUCUUUUUGAUGCGUUCUUGAGAAGUUGGAGCAGUGACGUUCAGUUACCAUAUUUGUGAUUUAGUAUUCAAUUUCUCAUAUAGUUAAUGAUACAAAUGAUUCAGUCGCAUAUCAGUACUCUAAGUGUAUUUGCAAAGAUAAGUUUUGACCAAGUGUUUGUGUACAUAUAAUAUUUAUACAAUUUAAA